UUACACGACGUGAUGAAUAUGGCCGCAGUGAAACUCCAGAAGAAUGUUGUGAGUCAGACUGGCAAACACACUGCGUCUGUUAUCUUUCUUCACGGCUCAGGUGACACAGGGCCAGGAUUGCUCAGGUGGGUUUGUGAUGUGCUAGGGCAAAAUCUGGCAUUUGAAAACAUCCGUGUGAUUUACCCCACAGCACCAGCCAGGCCGUACACACCCAUGCGAGGGGCUCUGUCUCAUGUGUGGUUUGAUCGGCGCAAGAUUUCUCAGGAUUGCCCAGAACACUUGGAGUCUAUAGAUUCCAUGUGUGAUCAUUUAAGUGCCAUUGUCCAGGAUGAGAUCCAAGCAGGGAUACCCAAACACAGGAUGGUAAUAGGUGGCUUCUCUAUGGGCGGAGCAAUGGCACUACACCUGGUUUGUAGGUACCACCAAGACGUUGCUGGCGUUUUCGCUCUGUCAAGCUUUAUUAACAAGGGCUCUGUUGUAUAUCAGGCAGUAGAGAACGCAGCACAGCGCCCCCUACCUGAACUCCUCCAGUGUCACGGCACAGCAGAUGAGCUUGUGUUCCAUAGCUGGGGAGAGGAGACGAACUCUCUAUUGGAGAAAGCUGGCCUCCACACAUUUUUCCAUUCCUUCCCAGGCCUCAACCAUCAGCUGUGUCAGCAAGAACUGGAGUUACUACGUUCCUGGAUCUUGAAGAAACUUCCAUUAUAGAGCUGCUAAAAUGGUAGAUAAUGUCUGCUGCUUCCCCAUAUCCCAGCAACAAUUGAAACGGUCUGCAUUUCUGAUUUAUAAUAAACUAUAAUGUUU